UUAAGAGUGGAAUUCCAUAUUAUGAAUGGCUGCAAUAUCUUUUCAUUUGUUAGUGUGCUCAUGGGUGAUCAACUUUUGUCCCUAUUUUGCCAACUUGGGUGCUUUGCAUGAGUAGAUUGCUAAGUUAGGUUCGUGGAGUAGGAGUUCCUCCGAGGCAUGGUGUGGAUUACAUCGGCAUGAAAUCAACCUAGAACAUGCAACAAAGUGACUAAGAUCAGCCAUAUCCUAGUGUCUAAAAGCUCUUUGACAUCAAAAUACAGAGUUCAAAUGAUAUGCAUGCUUUCCCAACAAGCUUUGGCUUCAAAGGAGAGGCUCUGAGCUAUAUUUCUUAUGUUUCUUUGUUGGAAAUUGUUACUAAAACUCACUGGAGGCCAAAUGAAUAUCGUAAGGACGGCAAGUGUUGGUACCUUGGAAUUGAUGAUUGUAGACAAGAGCCCAAAGAGGGUAUCACAUUCUCUGAAAGAGCCUCUGCUAAGAAUCUCCCUUGUGCAUCCCAGUGUCUCCUUCAAAAUUAUUGAUAUUGAAAGUGAGUAUGACCUACUUUGCACACGUGCUUCUCCUUCCCCAUUGCCGCUAUUGUCCAGUGGGUUUGGGAUUCAUCUGAGUUCCCUUAAUAAUUUGAAUGCAAUCGAUGGUUCAUUCAAGCUCACCAGAUACAUCUUAGGUUGUGAUGUUUACACAGUGAAGGUAUACAGGCCCAAAUUGAUGGAUAAUAUAUGUGAUAAGUUAUCUUUUCUGCACCUUGUUUCUCUAAAAACCAUUGUUUAAUUUG